UCGGAAUGCACGGCUGCAGCUAAGAUCUUCGAGUGGUGACAGCCGUGUAUGUUUUGCAGUUUUCUUUUUAUCACAAGAGGGUGAUUUGGCGUAGAGGCGACCUGUGCUGCAGUAUGCGAAAGGUGUGUCGUUAUGGCGUGGCGGUCGCGAACUCGGAGUCUACAGGUGUUCGACACGGAGCUGAGCGCCGACGCAGUGGAGUGGUGCCCGGUGUCACCGUGGAACAGCGUGCUGGCGUGCGGAACAUACCAGCUGGUCAAGGAGCCAGAUGAGGCAGGUGCUGUGUUGGCCACGCCCAGCCGCGUGGGCCGGCUCUACCUGUUCCAGUUCUGCCAGGAAGGUCCUCUGUGUCCACCUCUCACAGAGCUUCAGAGAAUUGACACUCCUGCCAUACUGGACAUCAAGUGGUGUCACGUGCCGGUGUUAGAGCGGCCCCUGUUGGGCUUGGCCACAGCCAGCGGAGAGCUGCAGUUGCAUAGACUGAAUGACACUCAGGAAGGCAGCUGUAGGCUGGAAGCUGUCUCAGGCCUGGAGCUUGGUUCUGAUAGGCUGGCACUGUCCUUGGAUUGGUCCACCGGAAGGGGUGACAGCACAGGUGUGCGGGUGGUGUCCAGCGACUCGGCCGGCGGUGUGAACGUGCUCUCGCUGACUCCGGCGGGCCUGACCGCUCUCGCGCAGUGGAAGGCUCACGAUUACGAGGCCUGGAUCUCGGCCUUCAGCUACUGGGACACCCAGCUGCUGUACUCUGGUGGUGAUGACUGCAGGCUGAAGGGCUGGGAUCUCAGGAUCGGGCCUUCCACCCCCACCUUCACCAGCAAGAGGCACUCUAUGGGUGUGUGCAGCAUACACAGUAACCCUCACCGUGAGCAUAUCCUAGCAACGGGCAGCUACGACGAGCAGGUGCUGCUGUGGGACGGGCGGAGUCUGCGCCAGCCGCUCAGCGAGAGUCCGCUAGGGGGUGGCGUGUGGAGGCUGAAGUGGCACCCUGCUCACGAGCACCUCCUGCUGGCCGCGUGCAUGCACAACGACUUCCACAUCCUGCACUGCCAGCAGGCCCUGGAGGGUGACGGAGGGGCUUGUCCCGUCGUGGCCUCCUACAUCCUGCACAACUCUCUGGCCUACGGAGCUGAUUGGUCACACCUGGCCCUGGGGGGUCCUCCCCCCUCCUCCCCUCAGGAACGAGCGGUAGGAGGUGCGGUGAGGGCGGAGCUCGGGGGACACCUGCGGAUCCAGUACGAGUCACCCACCGCCAGCUUCGACACCUCAUUGGAGGAUGAGGCAGGGAGGUACAUACCCGAGAACUCCGCCCCUUCGGUGGCCACGCCCCCUGCCCCCACUGGUGACGGCCCCGCCCUCUCCUGCCUGCUGGCCACCUGCUCCUUCUAUGACCACAUGCUACAUGUGUGGCGCUGGGACUGGACCCCUGAGGAAGGGGGGCAGGGAGAGGCGGGAACCGGGGAAGGAGGGGAGGCCGGGUCAAGCAUGGAUCCCGGAUCAGCCGCGGAAGAGAUAUCCGUCACCCAUCCUGCCCAGUAAAGCCCAGCCAUGCCCCCAAUAAGGACAGGUGUGGCAGGGGUAUAGAGGUGAAAGGGGCUUGCACCCCAUCUCACUUACUUGCUCACCUGCUUGGGGGGAAGAGAGUACAUGAAUUUGUGUGGGACAGUACCUUGAGUGGGGAGAUGGGGCUCUGUAACCCACAGAGAAGGAAUCAGAGGCUCUAAAUGCGUGCAUACACACACACCUUUCUUGGCAGGGUGUGUUACAGAAGCUUGUGCAGUCACGGUCUGUGUGUUUAGAUUUCACAGGCUCUAUGGUCACUGUGUUGGAGCAAGUUACGUGAAUAACCCACAGAAGUGCCCGUGGCUUCAGGAAUUUGUAUGCAAAAUAUUAAGCUGUUAAAUUCAAACCUACUCCUAAGAAACCCACAAUCUGCCAGUGGGAGACCUCAGAGCCACAAUCCAUUGCCCAGGAAAGAUACUAGGAACACACAGCAGAAAUUAGAAAUUAGUGACAAAAACCUAAAGCCAUUAAAGCAUGCUGUUUUUAUGGACAUGAGGAGCAGAGGUGUUUUUUUACUCAGAUAUCUUAUGCAUUGAACUUGUUCUUAUCUACCAAAUGAAUCUCUUCCAGGUCAGCAUUCAAAGCUUAAUGGGUAACCAAUAAGGGUUUCAGAUGUCAGGAUGAAACUGUUGACUGAUUUGUUAUGUUUUCUCCUACUGCAUGGAGGCUGGACUGAAGCACAGACUGAUUAUUUCCAGUAU